AUGGAGUUUUUCAAACAAGCUAGAGUCAUACGGUUGCGAAGCCACCAUGACAAAUAUCUUUUAGCCGAGGAUGAUCAAGAGUCUGUAUGCCAAGAUCGUGAUGGAACGGUGAGGAAUGCUAGAUGGACAGUGGAGCUUACCCAAACGGGAACUGCUUUACGUUUCAAAAGCGUUUACGGGAAAUACUUAACAGCUUCUAACAUGCCAUUCCGUCUAGGAUUGAGAGGCAAGAAAGUCUUACAAACCCUACCAAAGAGACUGGAUUCUUCUUUGGAAUGGGAGCCUGUAAGAGAAGGGUACCAGAUUAAGCUCAAGACACCCUAUGGCCAAUUCUUGCGUGCAAAUGGCGGUGUACCGCCUUGGAGAAAUUCCAUCACGCAUGAUAUUCCUCAUAGAACAGCAAGACAGGAUUGGAUUUUGUGGGAUAUAGAUGUCGUGGAGCUUAAACAUGAUUCUCCAGGACAUCCUUCAAUGGCUGCGGCCACUCCUGCAAGGGAACAAUCCCCUCCUGAAAAGGCACAAUCGCCUCAUGCAGCGCCACAGUCUCCUCGUUCAAUUGAUCUUGGUUCGCCAAUGAAAAAUGGAAGAAUGAUCUUCUAUCAUGUAGCUGAUGAUAUAAAAGACGCAGAUGACGAUGGAACGCAAGAUGUUUCCUUUUCAUUCACAGGUAGUGGGGUAGAGGAGCUGAAGAAAAUGUUGAAGGAAGAGACAGGGCUCGAAGAAUUUGAAGUAUGUUCGCGCAAUCCCCUGAAUGGCCAACUAUAUCCACUUCGCUUACAUCUUCCUCCAAACAAUCAUGAUAUGCAUGUCGUGGUGGUUCCCUCCUCGACCCCAGGUUAG